AUCUCGUUAUGCCAUAGGUAUAUUUCUGAGGACAUUGUCACAUGUAAAUCUGUACGGAUAUUGUCUGGUAGAAGAUGCGCGUCCCCUGGAUAAACCUGUUCUGGAGGGAGUGACUUGAUUCACGCGCCGUCCAAUUAUCUGGUAGCUGCAUUUAUCCGCCGCUACAGAGCCGUCUAGUCAUCCGCAAACAGGCGUGAACCGACGUUAAAGCUAAUAAUGCUCGACUGAAUAUUUUAUGUGGAGAAGGAAAAAAACGUGGGCACGAAAUUUUGGUUUUGGAAGCGGCGUCUUUAUUAUUAAAAGACGCGGGCACCAUUUACGCGACACUAUUUUUAGGGCGCUCGCGUAGCGAUAGUGGUUGCGCUCGUAUGAGAAACCGGUUGCAAAUCUGCAGGAAAAAAGCAAGGCAGAGCUCCAGACAAACGGAAAGUGUGGCCAGACUCCAGAGGAAGUCCAUUGAUUUCGCCCUCCUCGAUGAGAUAGAUUUGCGAGCUCUACCCGGCGCGUCUGUCAGAGCGAUCAACAGUUGGUGCGAGCGCGCGAUUAAAGGGACUUUACAUGUGAAAGACUGAGAUUUGGCACAGAGGUCCAGUGAUGGGUGUGUGAUUUCAGCACCUCUGCCCUAUGGACACCCGCUCGCUUGUGAAUUGUGUAGUAAUAUGGAAGACAGACUGUUGCAUGUCGUGAUGCAUCGGAUGCAUUUGCGCGUUUAGUGUUUUAUAGCAGACUAUAGAUACAAUGACCAUCCUUUUCACGGCUCUCGGCGCUUUUGCUUUAAUUCGCGUAUUGCAUUUGGCGUAAAAGACUACAGACAGAUACAUACAGCCCCGUCCAUCCAUCCUUUUCGGAUUUAAGGGCGCUUUUUGUUUUUUUUUUACCCGCUGUUGACCUUGCCUGAAGCAGCAUGUUAAUGAUGGAGAGCACUGGAUUAGACGCGCAUCAGGUUGAACUGGAAGCCGACUAUGAACCACACUGCCGUCCGAGGUCGUGCACCUGGCCGCUACCGUGCCCGGAGGAGGAGAGCCGAGCGUUGCCCGUAGCGUCCGUGAAAGUGGAGCCGCGCAACGUGCCGGCGUGUCGGAGCGGAGGGGCGCCGACGGAGUUCAAGCAUCCAGCCGGCGCCCCUGCCCCUAUCGCGGCCGCCCCUGCCUGCAUGUCCGGCGCGGCGCUGGAUGUGGCCGGGCAGCUGCGUAAAUCCAAGUCGUCGAGACGGAACGCGUGGGGUAACCAGUCGUACGCGGAUCUGAUCACGCGUGCCAUUGAGAGCACCCCAGAAAAAAGGCUGACCUUAUCACAGAUAUAUGACUGGAUGGUGCGAUUCGUGCCAUAUUUCAAGGAUAAAGGAGACAGUAACAGCUCUGCCGGCUGGAAGAACUCUAUCAGACACAACCUCUCCUUACACACCCGUUUCAUCCGUGUGCAAAAUGAGGGAACGGGAAAAAGUUCCUGGUGGAUGCUAAACCCUGAGGGCGGGAAGAUGGGCAAAGGUCCCCGUCGACGAGCUGUUUCCAUGGACAAUGGCACCAAGUACCUGAAGAGCCGAGGCCGAGUGAGUCGAAAGAGAGCAGGAGCUGUGGGAAUGGGCAGAGAGCUUGGAGGGCCUGGAAUACAGGGAUCACCAGAACAUGGAAGCCCGGCUGGUAAGGGGGCACUGGGAGUCGGGAGCGAAGAGUAUGACGCGUGGACAGACCUCCACUCCAGAACUAGUUCAUCUGCAUCGACGUUAAGUGGAUGCCUAUCGCCUAUUCUGGCUGAGGCAGAGCCUGAUGAACCAGAGGAAGGUGGGCUCUCCUGCUCAGCUUCCCCAAGACUUUACCCUAGCCCCACUAGCACUAGAUCUCCAGCCCUGGGAACAGGGGGACACUGUCCAUCUGUCGAGCUCCCGCACUUAGCCGAUUUAACGGGAGCCAUCAGCUUGGAAGAAGGUUACUCCCAGCCUUUGCCAGUCAAGCGCAAUGGCUACCACUAUGGCCCUGGGCCCAAGGGAGAAACGUCCUAUUGUGGAACCGUCUACGGUCAACCAUCUAUGGGUAUGCUUAGGCAUCAUACGCCUAUGCAGACCAUUCAGGAAAACAAGCCUACCAGCUUCCAGCGUGCCCUUAGAGCAUACUCAGAGAACAAUGCCCUCGAAAGUCUGCUUACUGGUGGGCCACAGUAUUGUGGUAAGGACAUGAUUGUGGGGCAAACAGGAGCAUCCCAUUCACUUCUGUCACAAUCUAACAGUGCCGUGCACUCUCAUGGCCACAAUCAGAGUCACAAUCACAGCCAGAAUCACAAUCAUAAUCAUGAGCAUGGCCACAAUCCCAGUCAAAGUCUUCACAACGGCCAUGGAGUAUCGCACGAGCAAAACCCAAGCCAUCACCACAAUCCCAAUCCAGCUCAUAAUAAGCAUCAUCCGGGUCUCGACUACAGUCACGGCCACAAGCACCACCGUGGCCACGACUAUGUUCAGUCUCAUGAGCACAAACUCAAUGCUAGUCCCAAUCACAUGCACAAUCACAUGCAACACAGCAACUCCAGACAAGCAGACCUUUCUCCCAGGGUGAGCAAUGACAUGUUACAACCCUACAAUCACAAAUCACAAAGCCUUUAUGGCUCACGUGCUCACCUCCCUUCCACCGCCCUGCCUCCUAACCCUGCCAGUGUUUUGGAUGUACCCCAGGACCCCUGUCGUCUGGCCUCAGCAUCCCACCCUCGCCAUCAAUCCUACCCGGGUGCCCACCUUCUCCAGGGCAUGACAGAACCCUGGCACGGGUAUUACCACCACCCAUCACAGAAUCCUAAUUACCAUGGCAACCAUCAAGCUAACCCUCACCAGGAUCCUCACAGCCGGUUGCAGUCUGAGCUGGAAAUGGAAGUGCACCAGAGCAGUCUGGAUUGCGAUGUAGAAUCUAUUCUCCUGAAUGACUUGAUGGACUCAACAGAAGGAAUGGACUUUAACUUUGAUGGGUCGUUGUCGCAGGGGGUUGGCAUGGGUAUGGGUUUGGGGAUGGGAAUGGGGGCAUUUGUAGGAUCUCAACAAUCACACAACAGCCAGAGCUGGGUUCCUGGGUGAGCUAAAUGCAGGCAAACCUUCAACCGUACUGCCUUCUGAAGGGCAGCAGGUCAAGUUGGGGACGGAAACUAACAAUUUGACCAAGAUUCCCUUUUGUUGAUGUCAGAUUCUGGAUAGUUAUCCUCUUAAAAUGAAAACGAUUCCCUCCCCUCUUCCUCCGAAUCCAUUUCCCCCGCUGUGGAAUAAUGUCAUAGCGCCCUAAGAGUCCUUUUUGUGGUUCACGUCCUUCGGUUUGUGGUCGAUUCGUCAACUCCAUCUCUUUCUGGGCACAGGCUCAGAAGCACUUUACAUCUGUCGCCAUCCAUUCCGACGCUGUAACGACCACCCCGCGACCCGGGAGGAAUCGCAUUGUCUGCUGGCCUGGGUUUAAUGUAUGCAAACGACUUUGUUAUCCUUCCUGAACAAAAAAGUAAAUAAAUAAUUAAGCGUUGGUGUUGUUUUGCUAAACAUGAGUACAGGAUUGAGCAGUCGCUAUAGCUGUCUGAGUGUCUGUGCCGUCAUUCGCGUUUUCGUCAGUGUGUGAGGGUGUGUGAGAUUGUGAGUGUGGAGCUGCUUUUUUUGCUAAAUGUGCGCACCUCCUCCUAUGGAGGUCUAUUGGAUGUCCCUUUAUUGUGGGCCAGGACAGUCAUCCAUCAGACACACUCUAUUGAUAUUCAGCAUAUCCUUUUUAAUCUCCAAAGUAAUGCACCAGCUAUGCAUCACUGUUGCAAAUAGAAUGUGAUGCUCAGAGUACGCAGGGCUGUUUUUCCCCCGGACACACAACGGCUUAAUGUGUUUUGGCGAAAGUGAUGAUUAAAGUCACUCUCUGCAGUAAGUGGGGGAGCUGGGGGAGGCGGAGAUGGAGAGAUAGAGGGGGAAAGGAGAAAUGCAAAUAUAUUCUCACUAUGCCCCUUCCUCUCCAUUCCGUGAAUUUCUAAAGCUUUUCCUCUAAUGAAAUAAGGAACGAUCUAACACAACAGCACAUCCUGUGCGUGGCUUUUUCCUGGUUCACCUCGGCCUAACUUCUCUGUGUCAGCAGCCAACGAGCUGGCUUCAUUUUGGCUACAUUAUCCCCCUCCCCAUGUAGUGUUACUUUAGGUAAUCAAUGUUGAUUGAUUGAAUUUGAAGCCUUGUCUGACCCCAUUAACUGUGUGUUAAUUUAAUACAGAGCUGGAAUUUGGAAAUUUAUCCUUAAUGACUUAACAUUGCAUCAACUUUACUAAAUAACUAUUCGAUGCUGGUGCUCCCUCAAGGUUACAAAGGGAAAUCGUCUUAUAUCCGGCUAUAGAGCUUUACGGAGUGAUUCGAUUCCACCAUCUUCCCGAACUUAUGUGUCCUACACUGCUGAAGUUCUUACUGAAAAAUUUCUUCUUGUUGCAAACAUUUCCCUUUCGUAACGCCUUUAUUCAGUGAUCAUACAGCCUCCAGUGAUUAAGUGCAAGUGUGUAGUUUUCAUUCUGAAUGCAACACAACACCAAGGGUUUCAAAGGAAAGACUGCUGUUGUAAUUAUGACUUUGUGAGGUUGGAGGAAACAUACAGUGUAUUUCCUGAAUGUCUUAUCCUAUUUGAGCCACUAGAUAUACAGAAGAGAAACAUAGAAGAAGAGUGCCUAAAAUACUGAUACAUACUGAUUUUCAGAUGGUGAAAGCAUGAUCUUUCAUAAGUGUAAUGCCUCCAAGCACAAUACUAAAUAUAUUCAAGAGUCACUUUAUGACUAGCAGGGUAAAAUCGCCUUCCACGGCCAAACAUCCAAAACUGAACAUUAUCAAAUCUUUAUAUAAGAUUCAAGAGUGCAGAGUCCAGAUUCUUCAUUGUUAAAUCCUCCAUCAUUUCAGAAAAAAAUAAACAGCGUCUCAUGGCCUUGUUGUUCCUGUUAUUUUGCCCACUCUUUGUGUCUUUGUGCACCAUUGUAUCUUGCGUUUGUCUACUAUGAUUUGUGUUAUGUAAAGUGCAAUUUCCACCUCAUACUGGGAAAAAGAUGCCGUCUUUUACGGACACACGACUUGGAGCGAACCUUUAUGUUCUGCUUAAAAUUUGAUGAAGAUAAACGAAGGUGGUUACAGAAACGAAUGAGUUGAAAAGGACGACAUUGUGUUGCUUGAAAGAAAAAGCCCUCACAUAUAGAGAUUGAAAGAGAGUGUGAAAGAAAGAGAAAGAGAGAGAGGGAGUCCGUCAGAGUAGCUUUUCCUCCGCCGAGCUGAAUCAGGCCAAAUGUCAAGUGGCUCUCCACAGUGUUUCUCACACAGACCGAUCAGAUAGCCAUCCCUCUUUCACACUGUUUCUCUUUCCUGCCAAGGACAGUAAGCCCCAUCCUGAUCCGAUUCUCCCUUUCAUUUCUUUAUGUUUUUUCUCGAGGUGUCCAGGAAUCUGUUGUGAUCCAUUGGUAAUACUGAUUGCUGGCCCACACCUACUUAUGUGCUCCACUUCAUGUGUGUGCGUGUGUGUGUGUGUGCGCGCGUGUGUGUGUGUAGCACAGUGACGUACCUGAUGUGAGUUUUAAAAUUCAUUGAAAUCGUGCCCUGGUAUUUACUACGCCUGGCCUAUCAAUAAUAUAAUAUACACAGUUUAUAUUUAUUGGGUAUAAAGAUGGGUUUGUGGGUGAUGAUAUGGAGCUCUUGUAUUUCAUUCAUCUUUAUGACAAGACCAUGAUUCUAUUACAGUUCAUUUCUGUUUCAUGCUGUACAAAAAUCUGUAUUGAGAAAAUUGUAUAAUAUUUUUGACAAAUAUCGGUUUUAUUUCCUUUUUCUAAAUGAUGUAUCUGCUCAUCUUGUGGCCUGUAAAAUAAAACAAAACAGAACUUGA